AUAGUCAAAUUGUUAAUUAGAAAUUUUAGCCUAUAUAGAACAUAACGCUUCAUAGUACGCUGUAAAUCUAAUAAAUUACUGCAACGUCAAUUAAAUAAAUGUUUUCUUUUUCUGUAGUGUUUGGUAAUUAACCAAAAAUUUGUGACUCGUAGUCAACAGCCUAUGUUUGUUCUCUUAGACGGGAUUGUAUAUGAAAAGAAUAUACAUAUUUUGUAAACAGAAAGACUGUGUAGAUUGAAUUUGAGAGUACGCAGACGCGGCCGGCUGGUGGCGACAGUAACAUACAGGCAUGAUCACUUGAACUCGAGAGGUGACCGCAAAGUCCAAUGGAUAUAUAGGCUAUAUGCUCAGAUAUCUGAUUAAAUGGAUUUUAGAUCAAGAAAUGUAUUUGAACACGAUGUUCCAAGGACCACAUCAUUUUUUUUUGUUAAACUUAAUGAUGAGUGAAGUUUACCUAGGCCUAUGUCACGUAAUACAGAGCAAUUGUUUCCCCCCUUGUUCAUCAUCAGAUGUGAGACGCAUUCCCGUGUGCACUGCAUUAGAGAACGCAACUUAACCACGUCACUGGACUGAAUCCUAACUGAUUUCUGUGUGAAUGUUUACUGUUUUUCCCUUUGCAAUCCUCUGUAGCCUAGCGAUACGCUGAAAAUCUAAAUGCAAUAUCCUGUUCUUCUAAAAUCAUACUGCUUUUGUUCCAUGCGGAAAUGCGAUGGUGGCUCGGUUCAUGUUUAAGCAAGCAUAUUUCGUUGUGUCAGAUAAUGUUUGUGUCUCUGCCCCAUCUGCACGACCCAACCAAGCGCAGCAAAAAGCCAAUGAAACGUGCUCUAGUCCGUGACGUCAGUGACGCUGGUGCCCUCUCGAUGACUUCCUGUCCUGGAGCGACUGACCUCCGCGUGAACCUAAAUUUAGUCGCGAGCAGAAGCGCGUGCCAUACAGUCACACAGGCGUUUUGAAAAGGAAGAAACGGAAUGUUUAUACUCCAGAUUGUUCAAUGCAAAUAAUAUCCUACUCUAAGUGUAGUUUAACAGUAAGAUUAUGUUAAGAUGUAGUUAUUUUCCGCCCACAAUCUCUUUUAAUAACCAAACAUAAGAAUACUAGAGCCUAAUGCAUUUAGGCUACAGGGAAAAAAUCAAAACCAUAAACUAGUCGUUUCCUCUGGCUUACUAAGCUAACAGCAACAAAAGGUAAUUUGCAGAACAUAAAAUAAUGUAUUUGGAAACGAAUACUAGUUUAUAAACUUGGGAGAAAAUUCCCUAACGUAAAAUGAACAAAUGAAUGAAUGAAUGAAUGAAUAACUAAAUAAAUAGCUACAAAUAAUGUAAAUUAAUUCUCACGUUUGCUCGUAACAUAUAGGCUAAGCUAUCAUAUGCUAAAAAAAAUGCCACUGUCACUGCUGCCACUGCCACUCUUGUUUAAUCAGUUAUUCGACUCACCCUGGAUUGAAUUACUGUAUAUUUAAAAUGGUAUAGAGAAAGUAUAUGGCAGAACACGGUUUAUUAAUACGGCAAUGAGCACAGAAAAAAAUUAACUGCUAACUAAAACAGUAAACAACGGGGACAAAAAAGAUCUGAUAGCCUGUGUGUGCUGGGAAAUUAAUUUUUAAAUAAAACACUCUUUGAACUCUUAAAUCAAAACAUUCCAAAUAUAUUCCAAACAUUCUAUAUGCGCUUAGCCUAAUUAGAGUAAUCAUUAGCAAUGCACGGAAAAUGUUUAAAUCAUUUUAAAGAGCCCAAGCACCCACAGCUAAAUGUCAUUUUAGAAACUAUAAAUAUAUAAAUUUGGAAAAAAGUGUAUGAAAUUAGAAUUAAAUUAUACAUUUAAAAAAUAAAAUAGUAGGCCUAUUUUUAAUACUAAAAGGCUAUUGGAGUUUGCUAAACUGCGCAAAUAUAAAGAGAAUUAGCUAAACGCUUUAGUUCCAUGAACAUCACAGAGUAAUCUUUGAAAAUGAGCUAAAACAAAUGUUUAUUUCCAUUUUGGCUUACUCUUAUACUGUGAACAAAAUCUGUAAUUUACAAAAAUGUUCCAAAACAUUUAAAUAAUCUGAACUAUUUUAAAAAUACCUUAACUUCAGUUUCAUCAGUUUUUUUUUAAAUUUAAGGGAUUGAAAAUCAACAAACACAUUAACUUGCAAUUAAUACUAAUUUUAACAGACUAUAAGGCAGAUUGUUGACACAUAUUGACUUUUAUAUAAAAUGAAAGCCUCGGUUAAUAUUACAGUGGUCAUUGGCGCCCUUCCGGCCUAUUCUUUCUAUCCAGACAGGCAAACAAAUAAUACCCUUGAAUGCCAACAACUCUUGCACUUGGGCACUUAGCAUGAUAAUUAAUGUGGAAUCAUGCAAUAGAUUAGAUAUGUUAAAUAAUUUUAUAUUUAGGCCUAAUGCAUUAUUAUAGCAGUCUUGGUGGGUUACGCAGCAGCAACCGCGGAGAUCCACACUUUAUAGCAUUUCUACAAAUAAUAAUAGCCUAAAUAACAGACUACAUUAUUAGGCCUAUUAUUAUUAUCGACAAAUAAUAUUAAUAUUAAAAUUAAGUUAUUAUUAUUAGUUUUUUUCUAUUUUUAAACUAGGCUGAUUGACCAAAUUUAUUUUCUUCAUUAAGUGGAUGAAUAUAAUUUUGUUUACUCAGAACGAAAAUGAUAUGACCGCAGCGAUAUUUCUCGGAUUAUUUAGCCUAUUGCAUUCUUCGUUUAAUUUUUAUUUAUUUAUUUAACAUGUAUGAUACAACCAUUCAGGUGUUUCGUGAACUUCCGUCUACUUUACAGAGACGUAACAUAACUGUUGUAUAGCUAGGCCUAGCUGCACUUCUGACAACAUUUUUAACUUAAAAAAAGGAGGUUUUCUCGAACACUGAAAAUCCUUGCAUUGCCAUUAUCAGAUAUCACAUGGGCAGCGAGUGUAAGAUUAACGUCAGAAAGUAUUAAAUCCACUGGUCCAUAAAGCUCUUAACUAACAACCUGAAACCGAGAACCAAAUCAUAAGGUAGCCAAAUAUUUUGAUCAACAUGUUAAAAUAUGUUGGAUCAUGUUUUUUUUAUGAAAUAUAUAUGUAAAUUCACUUCACAUGCUUUUAUAGCUAAAACUAUUUCAGUCUAUAUUAAUUGUAAAUGUUAUUGUGCUAUUUCUUUACUCAAUUUUCAGUACAUUUGCGAGUGUGUGUAAAGUUAUUUUUUUCUUCUUAAAUAGGCUAAAUCUGACAAUACGUAAUCAGAAUUAUUAUUAAAUUAUUUAAGGCUUGUCAAAGGAACAAGAGGUCCCGAAAUAUUCCGCGUUUUACGUCAAGAUGAAUGAAGAGUCCUGUUAGAUUUAUGAAGGCCACAACAGCGUUAAAACAGAUAUUGAACUUGUUCCAAUUAAAUGCGCUGCGAAAGAGAAACGCAGACUCAAUUCUCGCGGUGUUUCGUCUGAAGUUGCCGAGCAACCGCAGAUCAUCAACAAAGCCUGCGAGGACGCUCACAAGACAGCGGAGGACUGUAAACAAAUGUGGAAGCUCUACCAUAAACCAAACAAACAUGUCAUAUAAAGCAUUCUUGAGCCAUAGCAAAGUAUCAAAAGAGGACCAGGAGUUUUACGACUUGAAGAACAAAGCCGCAGAGUAUUACAGGUCCAACGGGGUCCCGCAGAAGAUAGAAAACGUCCUGAACGAGAUGUUUUGGCAGAAGCCGGAUGAUAUCUAUGGUUAUCUGGCAAACUAUUUUUCCAGGCUCUCCGAUACUCCUGUGAUUAGCAAAAUCAUUGGAAGAGAGGUGUUUGACGGAAGAGGACUGACAGCAAUUCAGACCCAAGUCUACUGCAUCAUCAGAAAUGAGGAAAAGGUGGUGUGCAGUGCAAUGAUGAGUGGCCCUAGUGAUGGUCUGGAGGAGGAUGGUGUGGCAGAGUCAGGGGAAGAAUUUACUAACAGCAACCAGCAACGUCUGUCUAUCACAGCGGCUCUAAAGUGGAUCAGAGAGCAUCUCAGUCCAAUGCUGCAAGGCUUCAACCCCACUGAUCAAACCAGUGUAGACAAACUACUCAGUGAUUUCUUCAUGGCACGUUACCUGGAGCACAAGGACAGUCUUAACAUAGAUAAGGAGGAUGAGCUGAGGAUUGAAUCAGUAUCUGAAGCUCCGCCCCAGGCCACUCCCAUACCUGCACCUACCAAAGACAAGAAAGGAAGUGAUAAAGGUAAAAAAGGAAACAGCACAGAGAAGCUCCUCCCUCCUGCAGAAACCCCUUUGCCUCAGCUGCCAGGGGCUACGGCGGUGGGUGUGGUUUCUUUGGCUGUGGCAAAAACUGCUGCCAUACUUUUAGGAGAACCCUUAUAUCGACAUAUCACAUCAGUCAGAGUCCCGCAGGCUCUGAGUGAGAUGCACCUGCCUGUGCCCAUGAUUACAAUUCUGAGCUGUGGAAAGAACUCUGUGGGUAAACUCAACCUGCUGGAGGAGGUCAUCCUCAUGCCCAGCUCAUCACAAAGAGUCAGAGAAGUCAUUGGCAUGGGCUUUGAGCUGCAGUGUGAAAUGAAGAGAGUUUUGAAUGGAUCUGCGUAUAAAGCUGGGCCUAUAUGCUUAACAGAAGAUGGGGCAUUACAGGUGGGGUUUGAACGUCCCGAACAGGCUCUUGAUUUGAUCACAGAGGCAUGUGCUAACCUGGCAUUGCCUCUGGGUUCAGACCUGCGCUUGGCUAUAAACUGUGCAGCACACAGCCUGAUGGACUAUUCAAGGGGGAAAUAUGAGGUGAUGUCUGGCUGUCACAAAUCCCAUGAUGAAUUGGUGGACAUAUACGAGGGUCUGAUUAAUAAAUAUCCUGCCAUCACAUUCCUCAUUGAUCCUUUCAGGAAAGAGGAUGUAGAUCAGUGGGACAGACUGGCUUCAGUGAUUGGUCAGUCAUGCUGCCUGAUUGCAGAUGCUGCUUCCAAUCUCUGUCCUCGCUGGAGUGAAGUGAAACCCCUCCCACCUGGAGUCACCAGAGUCAUUAUUAGGCACCACAGUGAUAUGACCAUCUCUGACCUUAUACGAAGCAUAGCAGAGCAGAAAGAUGCAGAGACAAUGCUGGCUGCAGGCAGUGGUGAUGCAUCAAUUGUUGACCUGGCUGUAGGGUCAGGCGUGUCCUUUCUCAAACUGGGUGGGUUGAGAGGAGGAGAGCGAAUGGACAAAUACAAUCGUCUGUUGGCGAUAGAAGAGGAACUGGAGCAGGAGGGGAUCCUGGGUGCUAGAGAAAAAAAACAGCCUCUGUCAGAUCUUUCUGAAACACUUAACUCCGGAAGCGGCUGUGACUCUGUGACCAUCUCUACUUGAUGUGACUUCAUCUCCUGUCUGUCUGCCUGACAUUAUCACAGUAGGGAUGUCUGAC